AUGGCAGAAACCCCAGCACAGGCUGACAAUAAAGUCGCCCAGGGCGAUUUAGUCGUCAAAGAUUUGGUGGAAGGCAUCAAAAAAGAAUUAGAUGUGCUAGUUAAGCCAGAGCCACAUGAGUGUGUGAUAUGUGUAGUCCGCAGCAAUGACACGUACGACAUUUACGCGACCAACACUACUGCCACAGGCAUUUCGUUGCACAGCUUCCUGUUGAAGUUCACAAACUCCAAUCUCGCUGAAGCACAACACUCUAAAUAUAUCUGCAAAAAUUGUCAUGACCUCGUCAAUCUUUUAGAACAGGCCGAGAUAGAAUAUUUAAAAUUAAAAGAAACUUUUGAAUCUAUUCUAAGUAAGAAUCCUCUAUUUGAAUCUCCACUAGUACAUCCCAUACGACUUGAAUCUGUGAAAAAUGAAAUCCAAUUAGGGAAUAAUAACCAACUUCACACAUAUAUAGAAUUUGGUAUAGACUCUGAAGAUGAGCCUUUAUCUGUUGCUAAAAAGAAGAGACAUCGUAAACCGAAGAAAAAAGCCCUAGCAACAGGCAGACGUAAAGUUAAGCCUAAAGUUCCUGAUGAUGACAGUUGGGACUGCAAUGAGUGUGGUUUGGUGGAUCAGCCAGGAGGCAAGCGUGCAGCGAGUGCACACAAGACUGAAAUUCACUCUAUAAGCCAAGAUGAGGCCAGUGAUGCUAUUGUUGAUGUUAAAAAAGAAGACACCAGUGAUGGAUCACAAACUUUCAAUAAUGGUUUUGAUUCAUUACCAAAAAUGGAAUUUGAUGAUUUUCCAGAGGAUGAUGAUGAUGAUAAUAGUUCUAAUUAUAUUCCUGAGGAGGAAACACCUAAACCUAAGAAAAAUAGAGUAGGUAGACCAUUAAAAUCUAAAAACAGUCCAGUACAAAAGAAAACUAAAAAGAGGGAAAGAGUUAUCCACAAGUGUGACCAGUGCGAUGCCAAGUAUUCCUCAUUAGCUCGGCUAGAGCAGCAUAAGCUGAAGCACGACGGGUCGAAGCCGCCGUACAUCUGUGAAGUGUGCGGGGCCCACUACAAGCACAAGCGAGCCUGCGACAUACACAUCGCGCUACAUAAAGGCAUCAGCGAUUGGAAAUGUGAAGAGUGCAACAAACUGUUUCCUUCGAAGGGAGCCCUAGCCAGGCACAACAAUAUUCACACCGGAAAACUCAACUACCAGUGCGACCUGUGCGGCAAGUCGUUCAUCCACACGUCGUCGUUCAAGAUGCACAAGCUGUCGCACUCGGGCCUGAAGCCGCACGCCUGCGACGUGUGCGGCCUCGCGCUCAUGACGCGCUCCCACCUCAAGCGGCACAAGCGCGUGCACUCCGGCGAGAAGCGCCACGAGUGCGGCGUCUGCGGGAAGCGCUUCUCCGAGAGGUACAACCUGGCGGCGCACAGCAAGUCGCACGAGAGCGCCGCCGCCGCCGCCGCGCCGCCGCCGCCGCGCCGCCACCUGUUCCGCUGCCCCUUCUGCCCCGACCGGUUCGAGAGGAGAUACAUGCUGGAGCGGCACACGUCGGUGGUGCACGGGCGCGCGCUGGAGCGGCCGCCGCCCACGCCCCGCAACACCAUGAGCAAGCUGCUCAAGGCGCAGGCCGCGCGCCGCCCCCCACCCGACGAAUCUGACAAUAAAGACGAUCGUAGUUCAGACUCUCGCUCGACGCCCGUCACCACGCCGCAGAAACUCCUCGGCGCCGCCACCUCCUGGUCCAGCGCCUACACCGAGUUCAACCUGCGCGCCGACUUCCCCCACUAG